UAAUCAAAUUCCGUUCUUAAUCCGAAGCCCACAGGGUCCUGCCCACACUCGAUAAUCGAAUAAAUCAUCACUUUGAAAACACUGUUGGGUUCUUACAACUUACAAGAACACACAUGACAAAUUCACAAUUCGUCACACUCCCUCACUCAGUCUCAGGUCUCGCCUCAGCUUUUCUCUCUCCGAGUCGCGCUGAGCUGAAUCCGGGACUUUGAGCUGAGUUAGGAUUGGUUUUAUGAGUCCGAGUCGAGAAAUGAAGCAGAAGAGCGAGAAAAUCAAUAGUUCUAAGCUAGUGACUUAUGUGCUACUCGGACUCGUUGGUCUUCUUGGGUUGGUUGGUUUGUACUAUGGGUCGUAUUCGACUCCGGGACUUCGGAGAUCCGACGAUGAUUCUUUUGAUGGAUCUGACCCGGUUCUGGGUGGGUUUGCAAGAAACAACGAUUUUGAUGACUUUUUUGAAGAUCAAGAGCUCAAUCCUGAAGUACCCAAAAGCAUCCCUAUUUGUGAUAUGAAAUAUUCAGAGUUGAUACCAUGUUUAGAUAGAAGCCUUAUUUAUCAAUUAAAACUAAAGCCUAAUUUGACAUUAAUGGAGCAUUAUGAGCGGCAUUGUCCACCUCCAGAGCGACGUUACAAUUGCCUGGUUCCACCUCCAAAAGGUUACAAGAUUCCUAUAAGGUGGCCGGCGAGCAGAGAUGAGGUGUUGAAGGCGAAUAUACCUCAUACACAUCUUGCAGAAGAGAAGUCAGAUCAGCAUUGGAUGGUUGUAAAUGGAGAGAAGAUAAAUUUCCCUGGUGGAGGGACCCAUUUCCAUUAUGGAGCGGACAAGUACAUUGUUUCUCUUUCCAAGAUGCUUAAAUUUCCUGGUGAUAAGCUCCACAAUGGUGGAAACAUCAGAAACGUUCUUGAUGUGGGUUGUGGGGUUGCAAGUUUUGGAGCCUAUCUUCUUUCCCAUGACAUUAUAGCUAUGUCCUUAGCGCCAAAUGAUGUACAUGAGAACCAGAUACAGUUUGCACUGGAGAGGGGCAUUCCAUCAACUCUAGGUGUCUUGGGAACUAAAAGACUUCCUUAUCCAAGCAGAUCAUUUGAACUUGCUCAUUGUUCUCGAUGUCGGAUUGAUUGGCUUCAGAGAGAUGGGAUUCUCUUAUUAGAACUUGACAGGUUGUUAAGACCAGGAGGGUAUUUUGUGUAUUCAUCUCCUGAAGCCUAUGCACAUGAUCCAGAAAAUCGAAGAAUCUGGAAUGCUAUGUAUGAUCUUCUGAGAAGAAUGUGCUGGAGAGUUAUUUCCAAGAAAGACCAGACUGUUAUAUGGGCAAAGCCACUAAGCAAUAGCUGUUACUUGAAGAGAGAACCUGGAUCCCGACCUCCUUUAUGUGGUUCUGAUGAUGACCCAGAUGUUGCAUGGAAUGUGCUCAUGAAAGCAUGCAUCUCCCCGUACUCAGCAAAGAUGCACCAGGAAAAAGGUAGUGGACUGGUUCCUUGGCCAAUGAGGCUUACUGCAGCACCUCCUCGUCUAGCAGAAAUUGGUGUCAGCCCAGAGGAAUUCCGCCGAGACUCGAAUAUAUGGCUAGCUAGAGUGACUGAGUACUGGAAGCAGAUGAAAUCUGUUGUACAGAAGAAUUCCUUCAGAAAUGUUAUGGAUAUGAACUCUAACCUUGGGGGAUUUGCUUCUGCCCUCAAAGAUAAAGAUGUUUGGGUGAUGAAUGUUGCUCCUGUCCUCAUGUCUGCCAGAUUGAAGAUAAUUUAUGAUCGAGGUCUAAUUGGAACUGUUCACGAUUGGUGUGAAGCAUUCUCGACUUAUCCUCGCACAUAUGAUCUUCUUCAUGCCUGGAAAGUAUUUUCAGAGAUCGAGGAGCUUGGUUGUGGAAUAGAGGAUUUACUAAUUGAAAUAGAUCGGAUGCUGCGGCCAGAUGGAUUUGUAAUUAUAAGAGACAAACCUUCUAUAAUAAACUAUAUCCGAAAGUUUGUGACUGCCUUAAGAUGGGAUGGCUGGUUAUUAGAUGUUGAACCAAGGAUUGAUGCUCUGUCCUCUGGUGAAGAAAGAGUUUUGAUUGCAAGAAAAAAAUUGUGGGACGAUGGUGUUAUGGCAAUCUGAAACUGCCCUUUUCUGCCAGGCAUGCUGGUCGCACUUCUGGGUAUCUUCACAAUUCACUAGAGAUAAAUGGGUUGGAGGGGACAGUUGGUAUUUGAUACAAAAAUAUUUCUUCUUUCUGUUCUACAACAGCAUCAUAUA